UGAAGCGCGGCCCCGCCCCGCCCUGGCCUCGCAGCGCGCGGCGCCGGGCUGGCCCGCAUCAUGGGCGGCUUCUACGGGCGUGCAGCGCUUCGGGCGCUGCUGUGCGGGCCGCGCCAGCUGGUGCGCCCCAGCUCGGGAGGGCCCUCCUGGACCCAGGAGMGCACCCUGGUUGCAGUGAAGCCAGAUGGGGUACAGCGGCGGCUCAUCGGAGCUGUGAUCCAGCGCUUUGAGAGGCGGGGCUUCAAGCUGGUUGGCAUGAAGAUGCUGCAGGCACCUGAGAGCAUCCUUGCUGAGCAYUACCAGGACCUACAGAGGAAGCCCUUUUACCCAGCCCUCAUCAGCUACAUGAGCUCUGGGCCCGUGGUGGCAAUGGUCUGGGAAGGGUACAAUGUGGUCCGCGCCUCAAGGGCCAUGAUAGGACACAGUGACUCCACUGAGGCUGCCCCUGGGACCAUCCGGGGGGACUUCAGCAUCCACAUCAGCAGGAACAUCAUCCACGCCAGUGACUCAGUGGAAGGGGCCCAGAGAGAGAUCCAGCUGUGGUUCCAGAGCAGCGAGCUGGUGAACUGGGCAGAUGGGGGCCACUACAGCAGCAGCUACCCAGCUUGAGGGCUUGUGCUGCCCUCAGUGCCCCAGCAACCACCCAGGACCAACUGCUUUGGUCAACAACUCAAGCCACACCCAUCCUGUCUCCCCCAAGCCACUUUCUUGCUCACUUUCUUCCCCACCACAGCCCAAGGGAGUUUGAGGCCCAACUCUAUGUGCCUUUCUGUAUCCUAAGUCAGCACAAGAUUGGACCAAAUCCUUCUGUACCAAAGUGCCAGACAACCUUUGGGCAUCCUCAGAGGUUACCUUAACUGCUCCAAAGGAGACACAUUAAAAUCCACU